AUGAGCAACCUCUUUCGUCUUGUUGAGGCAAUGCAGGAUAUGAUGAGGGAUCAAGAGCGCAACUUCUUGGAUAAGUGUGCAGCAGACGAAGUGCUUACUGCACGUGACCUUACUGGACCAAGUUCAGAGUACCUCGGCGAACUACGGAUAAUGAUCUCUUCAAAGGGCCUGUCUUUAAUACAGAGACAGUAUCGCAUUGCACGCAAGGCAAUGCCAACUGCAAGGAACCCCUUUCCAACCCCUCUUCAAGACUGUGGCAGUAACUGUUAUAUCUCAACAGAGCUUGGCAUCCCGUGUUCUCAUACAAUUUAUGAGAAGCUGGGUUCAGGUAUACAGUUUACAAAGUGGGAAGUCCAUCCACACUGGCGACUAAGAGAAUCAUCAUCAAAAGAUCCGUAUCGUCGUAUCCUCGACCCCAAGAUUACUUUAUCUCUUCGUGGCCGCUCAAGAAAUACACCACAAGCCAUGCCCUCAACCCUGGCUAUUAGUAUGGACAGUCAAUCCCAGCUGGCCAAUACUGAGACACCUACCGAUACAUCAGCAAGCCAAGUGGGAAGGCAGGUAGCAAAGCGUAAGCGAGGUCGGCCAGUGGAAAGCCGAAAUCAAUCUACGUUAGCAAGGAUCGAACAAGAGACAAGCCAGCAAGAUAGGUCAGUUGCACGAGUAACCCGCAGCCAGUCAGCUGUACUUGGUCCUGGACAACUCACUGGGGUACGAGCCACUGGUCGAAGACUGCAGCCGAAUAUCCGUAGAAUAAGAAGUCAAUGGGAGCUGAUAAGCAGUGAUGAGGAGUGA